UUAAGAAGAAUCCAACAACAAAAUAUCAUCAAUCCGAACCCCGAAAGGUUCAACGGUUCGAUGAUAAAUUGCUUCAGGAAACGAUACCUCAGCGGCCAAACUCCCCGAGAAAGAAUAGUGGCUCUUAUCUUUGGCCAGCCACUAUCUGUCCAAAGGAUAAUCCUGCCAGAUUACGAGGGGGAUCCCGAUCCAGUGACGCAGCAGCAUACCCAGCAGCAGACUCAGCAACAGACGCAGCAGCAGACUCAGCAACAGAUGCAGCAGCAGACGCAGCAGCGGACCCAGCAGCAGACACAGCAGCGGACCCAGCAGCAGACACAGCAAAUUCUGGCGAGCAGCAACCUGCAGACGUCACAUUAUCGUUGCCAGACACGGGCUGCAAGCAGCAGCUCACGCACCCUGGACGACAGCCAUCGACGCAAUCCGCAAGAGGCACUUCUGGACCACGGACUGGAGCAAGUCCGACGGCGCCUUGAACGGGUGGUCGACGACGACGACGACGACGACGACGACGAGGACCACGCGGCGUCACAGCCAGGGAUCGCCCCAAAUCAGCCAUUUCCACUGCCAGCUCCGACAGCGCCGCCGACGGCGAAGCCAGCGCCGACAGCGCAGCGACCGGCACCGUGGCAAACGCAGCGAUACUGA